AUGGAAAGGGUAUCAUGGAGGUCUCUCAUGGCUUUUCUUGUUGCUGUUCUUGCUCUGCACCCUUGCUUUUGCUACGCAGAGAAAGCUCCAAAUUACAGCUUCGUUCGAGAAGCAACAACAGCUCCUCGGCUCUCGAACCAUAGCUACAUCGUGAUCGGUGGAGGAACCGCCGGUUGUCCCUUAGCCGCAACACUGUCGGAAAGCGCCAACGUUUUGGUUCUAGAAAGAGGAGGUUCUCCCUAUCUCAGACCUGGGAGAACAGACAAAGUGAACUACUUGCUUGAACUCUAUAAUACCUCGUCCGAUUCAUAUGCUCAACAAUUCAGGUCGGAGGAUGGAGUGCACGGACACCGAGCACGCGUGCUCGGUGGUGGUUCGGUCAUCAAUGCAGGGUUUUACUCGCAUGCCGACCCCGAGUUCGUAAAGGAAGCUCGUUUGGAUGAAGCCUUGGUGAAACAAUCGUAUCAGUGGGUUGAAAAGAAGGUGGUAUUCGAGUCACCUGUGCUACAGUGGCAAUCCGCAGUGAAGGAUGGGUUGCUUGAAGUUGGGGUUAAACCAUACAACAAGUUCACGUAUGACCACAUCAAAGGGACUAAAAUUGGUGCCACCAUUUUCGACAGAAACGAUCAUAGACAUACUGCUGCCGACUUGCUCGAGUAUGCUAACCCAACGAAUAUUAAGGUUUACUUGCAUGCCACGGUACACAAGAUCAUCACAACAGAAACCACUGGAUCACGACCAAAAGCAACCGGAGUAAUAUACAAGGAUGCAACGGGAUUAAGGCACGAGGCAUAUUUGACAGAAGAACCGAACAGCGAAAUAAUCGUGUCAUCAGGUGCCAUUGGCAGCCCACAGCUGUUGAUGCUGAGUGGUAUUGGACCUGCCAAUCAGCUUAAGGCAAAUCGGGUAAAGGUGGUGCUGGAUCAACCCAUGGUUGGCCAAAACAUGGCCGACAAUGCAAUGAAUGGUCUUGUUGUUCCAUCCCCUUUGCCGGUUGAGGUCUCACUCCUUCCCACCGUCGGCAUAACGCAGUCCGGUAACUAUAUCGAAGCAUGCAGUGGACUGAAUUUGCCCCCUCCUCCCCAGGAACAGAUGGCAAAACUAUUGCCCACAAACCUAAACAAGGUUUCUCUUCACUAUUCUGUAUCUCCAUGUGUCUUCUCUUUUAUCAUGAUCAAUAUCGGAGCCUUCAUCAAUACAAGACUUCAAGGCGGCCUUAUCAUUCAGAAAGACGGUCGUCCACUUUCAACAGGCCAUAUCGAGCUCCGGAACACAGAUCCAAACGACAACCCCAAGGUGUGGUUCAAUUAUUUCAAAGAACCACAGGACGUAAAAAAGUGUGUACGAGGCAUGGAAACCAUCAUAAGCGUUAUAAACUCCAAAUCCUUUUCGAGAUUCCGUCAUCCGUCGAUGACGACCGAGCAGCUUCUGGAUCUGGCUGCGGGACUUCAAUCGAACGCUAGACCGAGACAUCCGAAUACCGCGACGUCUUUGGAACAAUUCUGCAAAGACACAGUGCUAACGUUUUGGCAUUAUCAUGGGAGCUGCAAAGUUGGUAAGGUCGUGGAUAGUGAUUACAGGAUCAUUGGCGUGGAUAGCCUUAGGGUUAUCGAUGCUUCGACCUUUCACGUCACGCCUGGAACUAAUCCUCAAGCUACGGUUAUGAUGCUUGGAAGAUACAUGGGAGUACGAAUUCUGAAAGAUAGAGGUUUAAGAAGGAAAACAAGGGAAUGUAAUAAUUUUUGUGGAAGAAAAAAUUGA